CCCAGACUGUAGACGCUCGCAGUGCUCACAACACAAUGGCAAAGGAAGAUGAUAUAAUACUAAAUUUGACGGGAAAAUCGUCUUUUGGCUGUGACAGAGAUGAAAAUUUUGGAAAAAGAAAGUCACAACAACGACAUUCCACAAAGAAGGCGAAACAUAUGAAAAAGUCAAUUAUUAAUGAAAUCGAGAACAAAAACACGGUUCAACAAGUCAUUAGGGGAAAGUCUAACAAGUUUCAGAUCAUUUCAUCUGUUUUCGAAAAGAAUCCAACAAUUCCAAAUAUUUCAAGAGAUGUUGUACAGUCGCUGGACAAUAAGAUAGACGAUACAUUUAGCAAGAGUGAUUUUAGACAGCUGAUGCUGGCUCCACUCAUGAUAAUUAACCUGGAGAGAAAUCUUAAAUUAACUAAAAUGACAAGUGUUCAAAAGGCCAGUAUUCCACUAUUACUCAAAGGCAAAGAUGUGUUUGUUCGCUCGCCUACUGGUUCAGGUAAAACUUUGUCGUAUAUUGUUCCUGUUGUUCAAUCUCUCCAAGCCAUCAUGCCAAAAAUAAAGCGUACUGAUGGAACAUAUUGUCUUAUUUUGGUCCCAACACGCGAACUCGCUACACAAACUUUGACAGUGUUGAAAAAAGUUCUUAAGCCGUUUAUUUGGAUUGUUCCUGGCUCUAUCACUGGUGGGGAAAAACGAAAAUCUGAGAAAGCCAGAUUGAGGAAAGGAAUAAAUAUCUUAGUGGCAACUCCUGGAAGAUUAGCUGAUCAUCUUAAGACCACUUCAUGCCUUAAAUUAUCACAAAUCAGAUGGCUUAUCCUCGACGAGGCUGACAGGUUACUUGAUCUUGGCUUUGAAGAAGACAUUUCCUUCAUCUUGUCAACAGUUAAAGAGCACACUAGUUCAAAAAGAUAUCAAAAAGUUUUACUUUCAGCAACUCUUGAACAUCAUGCAGUACAUGGUUUAGUUGGAAUGAACAUGGAGUCUCCUAUAACAAUAAAUAUUUGUAACCAAAAUGGCUCAAAACAUGAGGAAGAAUAUGACAUUCCUAUGGGACUUGAACAAUUCUGUGUUGUUGUUCCUCUUAAAUUAAGACUUGUUACAUUGUCCACAUUCCUAGAGCAAAAAUUAAAAAAGAGCAAAUGUAAAAUCAUUGUGUUUUUCACAACGCAAGAUUCCGUAGAGUUUCAUUUUGUUCUCUUUGCAAACAUUCUCUCAACAUCUAAAGAUUUGGCAGGAAAUGGGACAUUUAUGAAACUACAUGGAAACUUACCACAGCAUGAAAGAGUUGAAGUGUUUCAGUCAUUUAAGGAUUCUGAAUAUGGAGUACUUCUUUGCACAGAUGUUGUUGCUCGUGGACUUGAUAUGCCUUCUGUUGACUGGAUUGUCCAGUACAAUCCUCCAAUAUUGAGUGCUGACUAUGUUCAUCGAGUUGGUCGAACUGCAAGGAUUGGGAAUUCUGGUCAUGCUCUUCUUUUUCUUCUUCCUUCCGAGGUUGCAUACUUAAAAUUGUUGAACAGUCAGAAUUUAAGGCUACGUGAAUUGAAAAUGGACGAAAUUCACGAAGGGUUUCGCAGUUUAUAUCCUGCAGAAACUGGUAGUAUUCAAAAUAUGAUAACUGAAGUGCAAAUGAAAUUUGAAGAAUUUGUAGUUGAUAAUACCUCAACAAAGCAAAAGGCUGUGACAGCAUUUCGUUCGUUCAUUGGAGCGUACAAUACAUUUCCAUCCUCGCUAAAACACAUAUUUCAUCCCCGUAAUUUGCAUCUGGGACACUUAGCAAAAAGUUUUGCCUUGAGAGAAACGCCAAGCGAGCUGAAACGGACCUUCGCUUCAUUCAAAGUUUGUCGUAAGAAGAAAGAAUCUCAACAAGUCGUUCAUUCUUCGAAAAGGAACUUUAAACAAAAACAGCGUGAGUCUGGUAUCAAGUAAAUUGCUUGGUCAGUCACAUUGUCUUCUUGCUUUUGAUGUAAUUCACUGCCAUAGUGUAUUAAUCUAAGUAUCUGAAAUAGAAAACUAGACCUGGAUUUUAGAUACAAAAUCAAACGCCGAUAUCCAAUAAACAUCUUUGUAAGAAAACGUUAUCACUAACAAGUCGUUCUAUUGGUUACUGUAAAAAGUCACGUCAGCAAGGUCGAAACAAGAAGUUGGAUUUUUUA